AUGGAAGCCCGAGCCUCCUCGCGUCCUCAUCCUUCCUCCAGGCCUACGACUCCCCUCCGACCUAGCUCUCGCUCAUCUUUCCGCGAAGGCCAUGGAUAUGGAGGCAGUAUCGGCAAUGCAGGAUAUAGCCAACCAGCCAUCAAUGCCCUGGAGCCCCAGUUUGCAGAACUCGCCGACUCCAUGGCCGAUCUGGAGGCCAACUUCAUGCAUCUGCAGUUAAUGCACGAGAGUCUGACGCGCUUCAGCGAAAGCUUUGCUAGUUUCCUGUACGGAAUGAACAUGAAUGCGUUUUGUGUCGAUUUUCCCGAGGCUCCGAUUCCCGAAUCUUUCAGAAGAGCGAAGCUAGCGGAAGCACAGAAAGAGUUCGAAACAGAACAAACGCGACCUUCGAUGGAUGAUGAAGCAACGUACAUAACCACCGACACCACGUUUGUCGAACACCCCUCCACUACAUUGCCCUCCAAACCGACAACCAAAUCGUCUCUCCCUUCGCGGGGAACCACAAGAGGAGCCCGUACCCGUGGCUCCAGUAUCGGUCGCUAUACCACAAGAGGAACGAACCGAGCGCGUCCGAGUGCUCUACCUCGGGGAAGGGGAAUGCGAUGA